GCUCAGUAACUGCAAGAAAGGUGUGUAAAACGAGGGAUUUGGAUGAAUUUUGAGCAGAUUAUAAUUUAAUCACUUUUAACAAUCCAAUUAAAUUCAGUGUUAUCUACUCCCUGACGCUUGGCCAUUCUUCACAGCAGUAAACCAAAUGCUGAGCUAUAGGCCUACAGUGUGUAUUUUUUAUAUGUUUUCUAGCACGCCCUCAAAUCAAGAAGCCCUCGCAAAGACUUGUUUUAUUUGUUGUUAAUAAUGAUAAUCAUUUAUUAAAGGACCAGUGUGUAGAAUUUAGUGGCAUCGAGCAAUGUAGUUGCAGAUAACAACUUUGUCGCUUCACCUCCCCUUUCCAAGCACGAGGGAGAAACUACAGUGGCACACAAAAACAAGGCCCUAUCUACACCCAGUGUUUGGUUUCUCCAUUCUGGUCUACUAUAGAAACAUGACGGUCCAACAUGGCAGACUCCAUGGAAGGUGACCCGCAGCAUCUCUAGAUAAAAACAGCUCAUUCUAAGGUAACAAAAACACAAUGAUUCUUAUAUUCAGGUGAUUAUACACUAAUUAAAACAUACCUAUGAAUAUUAUAUUCCAUGUCUGACAAUAGAUCCUCCUGGAUGUUACACACUGGACCUUUAAUGGAGCACUUUCAGCACUGUGCUUUCCAGAAGCAGGAAAAUAAACACAAUGACAUACAUAUAUUUAUAUAUAUCUAAAGGCAUAAACAACAGUAUUUAAAUUUAAAAAGGUAGUAGUCUGUACUGGACUGGACUAACAACCUUUGGGAGCCACUUACAGCCGUCUGUUGUAAAGAUUGUAAGGUCCUCUGACUGUGUAAACACAGCUGACUGGACUUGAAUGCUAAUGCAACAGCUCAAUGUGGCUGUAACUGACUUUCCAUGAGAAUGGAAGGUUAAAAAUAACGCUACAAUGUUUCCCAACCUGGGGGUUGGGACCUCCACUUGGGGUUGCCAAGGCUUCAUGGGGUUAUGCGAGGCCUUCUUGAUUUUAGAAGAAAACAAAGUGAAAUUGUUAUUUUUAAAGUUUAGAUUGUUAUUUAAGAUCUAAACUUUGAAGACCUGAACACGAGCUAUAUUUAUUUAUGCAUUAGAAAGUGUUAGUGUUAGUUCCAGUGUCAGGGAGAUAAAACACUGAAUUUGUUAAAAAAAAAAAAAAAGACUAUUAAGUCUGUGUGAUUGCUGAAAUAAAAAAAAUCAUACUAUAGACUAGAAUUGUUAGUUCCUAAAAAUAUCAGGAAACUCAUCUCUGAUCAAUGAUCACAGGAAACAAUCUGAUGAAAAUUCAACCAAAUUGCUCAGUUUACACAAACUUCCUGCAGUUAUUAUGUUCACCGUUUGGGUUCAUUGUACAGUAUCAGUUGUUCUCUACUGUUAUUGUUAUGCAUUGAAUAUAAUAUAAAAUAUCCAUAAAAUGUGCCACUUAGUCAGGGAUUGUCCUGAAGGAAAAAGGUUGGGAACCACUGCUCUAGAGAUUAAAAAAAGUUACAGGAAAAAUGUACGCGCGCUUUAUUUUGAAAGUUCUGUUAAAACCGGAUCUCAGACACCUGUCCUGUCUGACUUGACGCGUGGCCCUUGUCGCCUAGCAACAGCUUGUGGCAGCUGUGGCUGCUCCCUCUGAUUAAACCGCUGCGUCAUUAUUUCCACCACAAACGAAGGCUGUUGGCUGAGAAACGUCAGAGAAAUAACCCGCUGAGUAAUGAGUGAUACGUGUAACUUCAUUUAUAAAACUUAUUCGUCAUUCUGAGGAGUUACAAAAGUAACGUUACACACCGCACAGUGGACAGCGGACGUUACACAGUAAGUAACGUUAGCCUAAAGGAAAACCUUUGUUUCUGGCUUUGGAGCUAGUGAGUUAGCCUAAUGUGGAGUUCCUCAUACAGUGACUGGCCUGUGAACCCUUUUAAGAGUUUGUAUGACUGUGUUGACUUUAUUCAUCAGUCUGCUAUUACAGGAAACCUCCAUACACUGUUCCACACUAACAGGUCAGGCCUAAUAGCUCAAGUUAAAGAGAUAACAUUAAUUCAAUGAAAGCAUGAAUGGGGAUCAACUGAGAGAGUAACAAGUUACGUUAACAUAAAAGGACAUUUUACAGUUCAUUGCAUCAUUUAUGCGUCUCCAUUUUCUCCACAGCAUGACAAGUGUUCAAUAAAAUAAAAUAAAAGAGGAGGCAGGACUCUAAAUUGCCGUCUUUUUACUUUCAGAGCAUCUUCACGUGAGAGCUCUGUAGUCUGACACUUGAGCCUGUCACUCAGCCCUCCUGAGAUGUUACAGAAAACACACACACACACACACACACACACACACACACACACACACACACACACACACACUUCUGCUAAGUCACUCCAGGACCUGCCUUUGUGGCUGUGACACUUAACCACCACGCUGUCACCGUCUUAUUCCUCCCUGAUACAUGUGGUGAUAUGACAACAGCCCUGACGGCCACUUGGUGCGGCGUCAACAGGCUGUUGUGUCCAAGCGUGAGUCAGAGAUGGACAGGAGGCCUGUGAGGACAGACAGACAGACGGUGGAGUCUGCACGGCAACUAGUGAUGCAGCAGAUUUGGGAUACUGCUGCGUCAUUGCUCAGCAUUUUCUGUGUCUGUCUUUUUUAAAACUUUCUGAUGCUGCAUCUGAGAUCAGGUGGCAGACUCCCUUAAAAUGCCAGUCACCUCUGGUUCUGAAGUACUUUCCAUGACAGGUAAACUGAACCUUCAGCCUGUUGCACCAGCUGUGUGUAAGUUCAAACUUAGCCUAGUUAUAACAUAAAUUAUUACUAAGUUGUGAUUUAUGUAUUAAAGUAAGCUCCAACUGCCAAAAGCUCCUCCAGCAAGCCUCCUCUCUCCUCUCUCCUCUCUCCUCUCUGCUCCAGAUGCAGUUGAAGUUGAAUUCAAGUGGUGCACUGAGAUUGAUUUCUGGGUCACAGACAGGAGGAGGGAGGAGAGAGAGGAGGCAAGGAGGCACAAAUUAGAGAUAUGCGAAAGGCCCACAGGUCUCUCAUGUAGCAAAUAUAUAAGGGUUCAAAUCCGACCUGUGGCCCCUCUCUCUCUCUCCCCCUUUCAACUCUCAAGCUGCACUGUCUAAUAAAGGGAAAAACAAACAAAAAACAAAACAGCGUGUCAGGGUUGUGCCCACGCCUCGGAGCAGUUUGUGAGCAGUGGACCAUCAGUAUCAGCAGCCUUGGGGAUUCAGUUUUAGCACUGAUAAGCUAUAUGUGUCGGUGUUGCCCUUUUUUACAGCUCUUUGUGAAAGCAGCAUUGCCAGAAAUUGGCACAGCCUCUAAUUUUUUGUUUGGAAAGAGGCCAAGGCCAUAAUGUGCUCAGUUCCCAGUAGGCAUUUCAAAUGGUGUUGCAUAGCAACUAAUAAUCCUUUUUGUCCAAUCAAAAGCUUUUUCUGCACUGUUUCCUAAUCAUUAUUUAUCCAAGGGAGAGCAUAGCUCCUUCUCAGGAGCAGCUGUUUGGUAUGCACUUACAGUGGCUGCUGUUCACACCUGGGACUACUUCUUCUGUAAAGUUAUUGGUGCUAAGAUGGAGUGGAAGGAACAGGAUGGAUCGAUGCUGAACCUCCACCAGCCCCAAGCUCACACAGUGCGAGCUGAGGAAAGCUGUUCUGUGCAGGAUUCCCCACCUCAGGCCACAGGAGUCUUCGACAGUAGGAAAAAACAAAGUGUGUCCCCCCGCCAUGCAGUAAUUGGAGCCAGACCCUUCUGCUCCCCUGAGUACAGCCACAACUUCCACAAGUUAGGCUCAACAUUACCUCACAGCACAUUCGGAACAAUGUCCAAUAUCAAAGCAGAUACCUCCAUCCCUCUGCAGUCCUCUACCAAUACAUGCGUGCCGUACCCAGAGAAAAAGAGACUCCUGGACAGACAAGAGGAGAUCCAGGAGGUGAAGCAGCUAGACGAGUGGAAGCCUGCUGUCUGCAUCUUUACGGCAGUGCUGGAGGGCUUAGAUGACAAAGCCAGCUGACGAAUCAUACAGCUACUAUAGUAUUAACUGUACACUCUUAUCUUCAUCUGAACUCUUUAAGAAAUACACACUUUUGAUGUAUUUAAGACAAAUAAGAGCAAAAUGUAUCUACCACAUUGUCAAAGAGUCAUCUGUCUAUUUGUCUCUCUAUUCCAUUUUUCUUCGUCACUCAGGGUGGCUGUUCUAGCUUUUGCUGUUCUUGUAUUUGUUUCUUCUUCAGCCUACAAGUGCUUGGAUAUCAGUUACUGUAAGACCUAUGGCCCUGUCACCCUUGGUGAGCAUCUGUAGCCCUAGUUUUUUCGGUGUGUUCCGCACCGUCAGCUCUCGUCAGGCCGACUGAUCAUGUUGAAUCAGGCCAUCGGUGAGAGAAAUCGCUCUGAUUGGCUGUGCAGCUUAAGUGCACCAGAAGAGAAACAGAAGUGAGCAAACGACUUCAUGAAAAGGGCACGUAUGAAAGGAUCGUCUCGUUUUUCAGCUUUAUCUCUGAUCUGAACACGGAUAUUUCUCGAUUAGAAGCUGCUGUUUAACAAUACCUGAGCGAGAGUGGGCAAACCUACGUCCACAGGGCUGCUUUUGUCUAUAUGUGCAGUUCUAGGUCUUCCAGUGUUCCACCUGCUGGUAUGGAGAGGCAGGCAUAGAACGUACGUGCAGUGUGCUCUAGUGUCACUUUUUGGCCAAGACACAGGCGACGUGAGGUGAUGUAACAUUUGGCUCUUGAUGCUGCUAGUUGGUUGAUGUUGGUUUGGUGUGUCAGGGCCUUUACAGUUACCAAACUUUGCAGAUAGGUUCAAAGUUUUAGCCACUCCAAUAGCCACCGUUAACUUCUGAAUGGUAACUAAAGUAAUACACCUUCUCUAUUUACUUUGGGUAAGAUACAUCUAUCUGUAUUGAACACACAGUGUACAGUGCUGGGUCAUGUGAUGAGGUUGAGCUGUAAUUAUUUCUAAAUGUAUCAGUUAAUUAUUAUACUUAAUUAUUCACAUGAUUAUUUCAUAAUGUCUUCUUUUUCAUAGUGCAUAGUGACGGUGUUCUUCCAAACAGCAACAACUAAGUAACUUAAUGCUUAAUGUGAGUUAUGGAUGAUUGUAAAGCUCUCCAUAUUCUGGGCAGGAAUUAAGUGCAUUUGACCACUUGGCAAUAUCCUUGUAAAAUUUGGCUGACUGUUGUAAACAGUUGGUGAUUACUACAACUGUGCAUGCAGCAUAUCCUAAUUCUUAUAAUACUGCUAGUUACCAAAAGGGGUAAUUGUUCCCCAACUGUAAUAAUUGUAUAAUUAUUUUUAAACGAUUAUCUUAAUACUCAUUUAGGUCAGUUCAAUACAAUUCAAGUACCCCUUUAAUAAUAUGCGGUCACAGCAAUAGUUACAGCAGAGCCACCCUAAGUGCUGUGCUGGGGGUUUCUGUGAUAUGGACCAAUCAAUGUUGUGAUAAUGAUUUAAUCAAUAAGCCCCAUGGCCCUCAAGCCAACCAAAUAAAAUAGAAUUACUGCCUCUAUCCUGAACACUACGCUGCUGCUCGUCCUGUUACGUCUCUGGAGUCAGCAGUUCUGGAUGUAUCUGCUGCUGCUAUGGUAAAAUGUUCCAUGGCUUUUUAAAUGCAAUAAGGGCUUUCUGAUAAAAAGGCGUCAACCUUGAA